GGCAGCUCCGGAACACAGGUGCCAGGCCGGUGGCUCUGCUUCCUGCGGCCCCACCAUGAGCUCCUACGACCUCCCAGCGCCCUCCCCGCCUCGCUGCAGCCCCCAGUUCCCCAGCAUCGGCCAGGAGCCCCCUGAGAUGAACCUUUACUAUGAGAACUUCUUCCACCCACAGGGCGUGCCCAGCCCUCAGAGGCCCCCCUCCUUCGAGGGAGGUGGCGAGUAUGGGGCCACCCCCAACCCCUACCUCUGGCUCAGUGGGCCAGCCAUGACCCCACCACCUUACCUGCCGGGCACCAACACGAGCCCCUUCCUGCCCCAGGCCUAUGGCAUGCAGAGGCAGCUGCUGCCCAGCAUGUCCGGGCUCGGGGGCAGCGACCUGGGUUGGCUGCCCAUCCCCUCACAGGAGGAACUGAUGAAGCUGGUGCGUCCCCCCUACUCUUACUCAGCUCUUAUUGCCAUGGCCAUUCACGGGGCACCUGACAAGCGCCUCACCCUCAGCCAGAUCUACCAGUACGUGGCCGACAACUUUCCCUUCUAUAACAAGAGCAAGGCUGGCUGGCAGAACUCCAUCCGCCACAAUCUGUCCCUCAAUGACUGCUUCAAGAAAGUCCCUCGAGACGAGGAUGACCCAGGCAAAGGGAAUUAUUGGACUCUGGAUCCCAACUGUGAGAAGAUGUUUGACAAUGGAAAUUUCCGCAGGAAGAGGAAGAGAAAAUCAGACAUUUCCUCCAGCACAGGAUCCUUAGCCUCAGAGAAAACCGAUAGCAGUCUCCUGGCAGGCAGCCCCAAGAGCUCAGAGUCACAAGACAUCCUGGACAGUGGCUCACCAGCCACCUCCAGCUCCCCGGAGAAGCGGUGCUCCCCACCCCCCUCAGGCACCCCAUGCCUCAACAGCUUCCUUUCCAACAUGACGGCCUAUGUGAGUGGGCCAAGCCCAGUGGGCCGCCCCAUGGGCACACCAGGACUGAGCCCUGAGCCCUCUGACAAGAUGGGGCAGGGACCUCUGAGUUUCAAUUCCUACACCCCACUCACCAACCUCACAGGCCAUGGGAGCGGGAACGAAUGGGCCAGCUCUGCAUCCACCAAUGCGCUUGGCUAUGGAAGCUCAGUCCUUAACCAGUUCAGCCCUCACUUCUACAACAGCAUCAACACCAACAGCGUCCUGUACCCCAGGGAGGGCACAGAGGUCUAGGAUAUAAACAACUCCUGGGCCACAUGAACAUGACCCAGAGAGAAGCAGCCAAGUCCCCUAAAUCAGCUCCUACACCACCCUGUGAGCCAGGACCUCAGAAUCACCUGUGCAUAAUACAGGAGCCUCAAGAGAGCACGUUCUCUUUCCAGAACACUGUUCAAGCUCUCUGUUCACCACACUCAAGUCCACGCAGAGACUUAACCAGUUUGGCAGUGGUAAUGCUGGUGCUGGGCAGCAGUCAUGGUGGUGGCAGUUUUUUGAGCCCUUGUUCUGUGCAGGGGGCUGUAGUAGGCCCUUUGCAGGUAUGGUCAGAUUUGCUCUUUAGAGUUACCCUGUGGGAGUCACAUCAAUCCCCUCAGUAACAGAAGGGAAACAGAGCUUGAGGCAGUUAAGUAACUUUCCCAGAGUCUUACAAACUAGGAAAUUCCAGAGCUACAAGGGAAAUCUGGGUCUCGGUAACCCCGAAGAUUGAACCAAAGAAGCAGCUAAGGAAUGUCAAGCCGAGGAGAUGAUGGCAGCAGGGAUGUCCAGACUUCACCCCUGUCCUCUGGUGCUCCCUCCAAAUCCAACACCAGCCAGGCCUGUCUUGUUCCCGUCUAUUCUUAUUCUGUUUGCUCCAACUUUCCUGCAGAUACUCAUCUGGCUGCCACUCAAGGCGACAAGUGACUCCUUGCCAGGAGACUGAAUCUAGAGUGCACAGGCCAGGUGCCCUGCGGGAUGGCGCAAGUGCAGGGUAGCACGGCUCUUGGGCAACUCCCCACAGACAGGUUGUGAGCAGAUCCAGGGUCAGUGAGAGGGACGGCUGCCCUAAAUUCUCCACCCCCGGCUGCCCUUCUGCAAAAGUCUCAUAAAGCCCAGCUUCCUGUGUGUGUGUGUGUGUGUGUGUGUGUGUGUGUGUGUGUGUAUGUGUCAUGGACCAGUGAGUUGGCAGUGGCCGAGGUUUCCAAGAGAAACAAGGCAGAGUGAGCACUUCCUUCUCCACAGGACUGGAGAGGUGGAUGUUUGUCUAAGAAACAACAGCCUCCAGAGAAAAUCCUCAGCCUCCCUCACAGGGUCUGUGAGUGCAGCUCUGGGGAAUCCUCUUUCUCCUUUUUUGUAGGAACUUUAUAUUCCUGUGAUGUUUUCUCACAGCACAUCUGAGGAAAUGUUGUUUAAUUUCUUAUUUGCUUUUUAAUAAUUAAAAAAAAAUCUGUGCAGAAGUGUGUGGUACUUCCUUGUGACUUUCUCUGUCUCUGGCUGCUUGGUUGAUUCAACAUGGGGUGAAGGACAGCCUGAGGCUAAAGUCAUUUGGGGCAGGAGGCAGAGAAGUCACGAGUGUCAAGGCACUUCUCCCUCUCUUGGGUGGCAGGGAGACCAGACAGAGGCCUUCAACCUGAAGACAGGCAUCCACGGGAUGGGGUAGGUAUAUGGAAGGAACUUACCUGAAUUAAAUACUUAAUGUGGAACAGACAUCUCCAAGUAUUUACAGUUCAUACAAACUUUGAAACUAUACUACAAUUAUUUGGUUCUCCCCAGCAAUGGAAAAGGGCUGUAGUGACAAUCUUGUCACACAGCUGAGAAACCUCAGUGGUUUUCUCGGUGGUUGAGUGACUUGUCUGAAGUACUCACCCACUCUGCGUUUGAGUCUCUUUGACUCUUGCCCUAAAGAUGUGACCAAUGCUAGUAGUGGAAGCUCCAGGGUUUAUACAGUCCACGAGAGGGUGUACUAGGGAUUUCUGGGAGUCCCAGGCACAAUGACUGCAGAGGGAUGUGUGAGUCAGAGCUGGAGUCCCUCCUCCUUGGGUGUGUAGAGAGAGGGGGUGCUUAUGACAGGGGAAGGGAGGAGCAGGGUUUCUCUCCUUCCAUAGAGUGACAGUAGGAGGUAGUAGCUAAAAGCACUAACACGAUGAUGAUGAUUGAUGAUGAUGAUGAUGACGACAGCACUAGCAUCUAUCGCGGGGUUACCAGGUGUCGGGCACUGUUUUAGGACUGAACCUACUUGAUUGCAUUUAAUUGUCAAAAUAUUCCAAUGCAUAGAGGGAUUUGUUCUAAUAGUGUUUGUAAAUAGGAUAUCAUGUCCGCAUCUUGUACAGCA